GUUUGCCUUUAUUUAUCUAGGCGAAGCAUGGGUUAUCUCUGUCAAGCAGUUACUGAUCAAUCAGUUUAUCUUUUUUUUUUGCUUUAUGUAUAAAAAAUUGCAGGUUAUAAGAUUUAGUUAUACGAUAGUUAGUAGGUUGAAGGUACCACGUGAGAGUUGGGAGACAAACAAUAAUUUGGUUACUACUCCGUAUAAGAGUAUUGUUAUCUGUCUCGUGGCCGGUUAGGGACUCAAUUUGCUUUAAUGUAUGAAUAAAUCUGAAUAAGUAUGUGUAUAAUUGUGAGGUGUGUGACGGGAUUGGUGUAUCUGUUUGGAGAGAUGUUUGUUGCGAGUUAUUUAUCUUAAUAUAGACUUUUUAUAAUAAAAAAAAUAAGUUAUAUGGAGUAUAUAUGGUGUAGAAAUUAUGAAUCACUAACAUUACUUCUAGAAAAGAGUAGAGGAUUGAACUACAACUUGGACUUGGGCUGUACUUGAACUGGACGCAAACAGCUGUGAGCUAAAAAAGCUGGAAACGGCUUGAUAAAGUGGGCUGAUUGUUGGCCUGCAAGUGUGCUGGACUGGAUUUAAUCUGGAGCUGGUUCGCCGGUGGAACCGUCAAUCGAAGCCAACCCCUGUGUUCCUCGUUGCUCGCAGAAGGCUGUAGCAGACCACGUUUACUGGUCGCUGAGGAUAGAGACGAAGGGCGUGGGCCCCUGUACUUUUGUAGCUUGGACGCUAAUCGCAGAGGUCUGGCCGCAGGAUUGACGCAAGGAGCUGGAGCCGUUCAUCGUGAUUGGAGUCUGGGGCUGUUUUGUCGUUGUCCUUUCGUUGUUGGUCGCAGAAAGGUGGAACACAACAAGUUGGCUUCACGUGAAGUUCACUUCAUGGAUUUGGCUUUGGAGGUGUUGACCGUGUUCACUCAAGUGGAGGCUUGACUUUGGAGCACAGGAGUUAGCAAUUGGCUUCACGUGAAGGUGCUGGCUCAGCAGCAAGCAGUAGCUCUUGGUGGACUUGGUCAAAAUCUGCCAACUUCCAGUCAAUAAUCAGUCAACCGAAAAAUCCCAUUUUUUUUAAUUGGGUGGGUAAGGUCGAAACGCCUCUCCUAGGGUUUCGCUCCGGUAUAUUGACUUUUAUCCCUUUUAUCGCUUUUGUAGUGAUUUAAUCUUUUAUUGUGUAGAAAUUCUUGUUUUAGGUUUAUUACUGCUGUUAAAAUUGAUUGAAUUGUUGUGUUGUUCUGUGUUGAAAAUUUAUUAUUUAUUUGUGCUUAUACGGAAGAACAAGGGGUUUGAAGUUGAGUUUGGUGCUCAUUAAUACUCCCCGCGUGUUCGUGCUAGUUGCUCCGUAUAGUUGUAGCCUUAUAAAUAUUUAAAUUGUUUUCAGCGAAAUUUACAUUUUCUUUUGUUGCUUAUUUUUUCUCUGUGAAAAUGUCUGCUUAUAAUCAGUAUGGUAUGGCUCCAUUUAAUGGAAAAUCUGAUUUUAGCAUUUGGAAGCAAAAAAUUAAAUGUAUUUUAAUACAACAAAAAUGUUUUAAAGCAGUUGGCGAAACCUAUUUAAUUUCUGACACGGAAGAUAAAAGGGCCGAAAUGAAUGAAAAUGCAUGUUCUGUGAUUUAUUUGAACUUAUCUGACUCUGUGAUUAGAAAAGUUGGAAUUUUAGAGAGUGCUAAAAUUCUGUGGAAUAAAUUAGAUGAACUGUAUACUGAAACCUCUUUGCCUAACCGGAUAUUUUUACUUGAGAAAUUCUUCAAAUUUAGACUAGAUAUGUCUAUAGAUAUUGAAGAAAAUCUAGAUAUUUUUACCAAACUUAUUUCGGAUAUUAAGUUGUGUGGUGAUAAGCAUAUAGAUGAUUAUUCUCCCAUUGCUCUUUUAAAUGCUAUUCCUGAUUCCUUUAGUGAUGUGAAAUCUGCUAUUAAGUAUGGUAGAGAUAAUGUGACUCUUGACAUUGUGGUAAAUGGUCUUAAGAGUAAGGAAUUAGAUUUAAAACAGAUGGGUGAGGGUAGAAAAUCCGAGGAAGUUUUGCAUGUGAGGGGUAGAGAAAAUAAUAGUAGACGACAUAGAUCUAAGUCUAGGUCUAAUUCGAGACGUUGCUAUUAUUGUCAUGAACCUGGUCAUUUCAUAAGAGACUGUCCUAAAUCUAGGAAAAAUGAGCAUAGUGAGCAUGCUAAUUUGACUACGUGUGAAGAUGAUUUAGGUGAUGUUUUUAUGAUGAAAAAUCUAUGUGAUUAUGACUAUCUGAGUUCUGUGAUAUCUGAUUCUUUGGGUAAAUCAGAUUGGGUGGUAGAUUCUGGUUGUACUUUUCAUAUGUCCCCUUUGAAAAAUGUUUUUUCAAACUAUAGAGAGAUUGAGCAUGGCUUUGUGUCUUUAGCAAAUGAGAAGAAAUGCAAUGUGCUAGGAAUAGGAGAUGUAUGCCUUAGGUUUUCUUCUGGUUAUGUGCUUACUUUGAAGAAUGUUAGGCAUGUUCCUGAGCUGUGUUGUAAUUUGCUAUCUUGUGCUUCUCUUGAAAAUGAGGGUUUGAAGGGAAAAUGGGGAAAAGGAAUCAUGAAAGUUGUGAAGGGUUGUUUAGUUGUUUUCAAAGCUGAGAUGAAAAACAACUUGUAUGUUUGUCAUGCUGAACCCGUACUUGAUUCUGUGAAUUGUGUGCAACCCUGUGUGCUAGGAAAACAAUCUAGAGUUGGUUUUCCUGAUCUGCCUGAGUGUACUCAUGUGCUUGAUUGUAUUCAUGCUGACUUGUGGGGUCCUAAUAGUGUUUCCACUCAUGGUGGUAAAAAUUAUUUUCUGACGUUGAUUGAUGAUUUUUCAAAGAAAGUGUGGGUUUUGUUGAUUGAGAAUAAAUCUGAAGUUUUUGAUAAGUUUAAAAACUGGAAAACCCUUGUUGAAAAACAAACCGGUAAGAAAAUUAAUUUUUUAAGAACCACUGUCAGUUUUGAUUUCUGUGAUAGUCAGCUUGGGGAUUUAUGUGAUACUUGGGGUAUUUCUAUGCAUAAAUCUGUUCCCUCCACACCCCAACCGGAUGGGGUUGCUGAGAGGAUGGUUAGAACUUUAUUAGAGAGGGUGAGGGCUAUGUUAGCUUCAUCUGGGCUCUCUAAUAAGUUCUGGGGGGAAGCUAUUUGUUAUGCUGUUGAUUUGAUUAAUCUGUCCCCGUCUGUUCCCUUAGGAGGGAAAUGCCCUGAAUCUGUGUUCAUGGGCAAACCACUUAAUUUGCCAAAUUUGAGAGUGUUUGGUUGUGCUGCUUAUGUGAAUCGUGUGAAUGAUAAAUCUGAACCUAGGACUAAGGAAUAUGUUUUCUUAGGAUAUCAUGAUUACAUGAAAGGUUAUAGGCUUUGGUGUAGGAGUGAAACUUGCUUCAAUGUGUUGAUGAGUAGAAAUGUCAUUUUUGUUGAAAAUGAAUUUCCUUGCCUGCUUGUUUCUCCUGAUGUUGCUCCAAAUGAGGUGGAGCAUUUGCCUGAUGUUCAUUCUGAUUUACUUGUUGAAACCGAACCCAAAUUUGUGGAUGAAAAUGUUUUUCAUGGUGAAAAUAAAGAAAAUAAUAUUUCUAUUAAGGUGGAGCAUGAUAUGAAUGUUGUGUGCAAUAUGCUUGAGUUGCGUGAUUGCCAUGUUAUUAGAGAUAGAGACAUUAGGAAGCAUGUGAGAAAUAAUAUGUGCAAUGUGUUUGACUAUAUUUCCUCUGAGUUUGCUUUAAAUGUGCUUAAUUCUCUUUUAAUUAAAAUCUUUGUGAUAUUUGGUAUGCUAUUUUCUUUGUGUUUUGAAAAUGUGAUACCAUGUGAUUAUGUGAGCUCCGCCUGUGCCAGUUAUAGAAAUAAUAUUGUUUCUUUUAUUUUCUUUAUAUUUGCUUUGUGUGGUUGUUGGAUUAGUUGGAAUCCCCAACUUCUCCCGGAUGCUUGCUUGCGUAGUCUAUUAACAUGUGUUGUGCUUGUUAAUAGUUUUGUGAUGGUUUUGGUUCUGAACUCGAGGACCGAUUGGUAGAGUUCAGUCCAUCGUGAAGUGGGUUUGCACGGUAAGCUUGGUCCGAAAGGGAACUUUGGUUCUCAUCUAUUACUUGUAUGAUCGCAAUGAUGUACUUGUAAUGGUCCGGCGAUGAUGAGUCUCCUCACAACUUUGUAUUGCUACUCUACACCACCUAGGACCAAUAAGGUGGAGAAUGUUGGAGGUAUUGGUCCUACCAAGGCCUCCCUUCCAUUUUAUUAUUGACUUGCACCCUAUGUUUACUCCCACAGUUCCAUUCCGAUAAUUGUUUCUCUUCUGGCUGUUGACUUACCUAAUGUUUGGCCCCCUUUCCGUGUUGUCCGGCUGCAUUUCUGUCUGUGUCUGCCCAUGAGCCUUUGUCUUUGCAUCCCUCGUGACUUGUCUUGAUAAUUUGCUGGCAGCCUAUUAUUUAUGGAGCUCACUUCUUCCUUGAGAGUGUAGCCUGCCUGAGAUAUUCUGAGAGUAGUGAGCAGUGCCCUUCUUCUUCUUCUCCAUUUCCUUUGUGUGAGAGUGUGAGAGAGAAUACCUUAGUGGUAGAGAAGAAGCUUGGAGUUGUGUUGUGGUCUAGCCUAGAGUGGUGUGUGUGAGUCUAGUUAAAGGGUUGGAGACCUGAGCCGGAAAGAAAUCGACACCCAACAAAAAGUAUAAUUUUGAAUGAGUAGUUUGGUAACUUUUAAUGACUAAACUCGUGUUUAAAUUAAAGUUGCUGUGUUUAAAUUAAAGUUGUUAUGAUGUAAACUUUGAAUAUAACCUAUAAUCAUCAAAAGUUAUUAAAUCACAUUUUUAUCCGUUACGUACUCUUUUAUUAAUAAUAUUUUAGCAGAAACCUCAAAAUUAUGCCCACAAGAAUGAUUUCAUUUUUCAAAAAGCCUCACAAAAACAGAAGCACGGUAGUGGUUACUCGAGGUCAGGCUCAACGUAGAAGGUAACCUAGACAUGAUUUCUUAAAGUGAGAUACUUCUUCAUACAAUUGUCCUAUAUAAAGAAAAAUUAUUAGGAUUAGGAAGAGCCUUGGAGUUUAAGCUCUUUCUUGCUGAUUGGGCUAACAAUAACAGCCGGGACCACCACGGGGGAAGCAAAAAUUAUAUAGUGGUGAGGGCCUAGAUUGUUGUCCAAAAGGUUGAAUCGCCAACCCCAAGCGCCCCCCACGCCCCGACCCGACAGAGCACAUGGGAAGAUGUAAGUCACGGUGACUCAGUCAGCAAAGUGGCAGUAAGCCAUACGCCCGUGCGCGCCAGAGGUCCAGCCUUAUUUCAAGUUCUGUGACCUCCACCCGGUCGCUGCGGGGAUUCAAACAUUGGUCAUUGUCCAAAUUUCCCACCACUUUGCCAACUGAGCUACCCGUGGCGAGGGCCGAGAUGAAACUACCCCAACUAUAGACUCAUUGGAACAUUUAUCUAGACAUGAGUGAAACAAGCAAUGAAGAAAACCCAAGCAAACAUACUUAAAUAUUUACACAUGAUCAAAUCCGGAUGCUCAAAAAUAUUUAAGAAUGGAUAGACAAAUCGACCAAUGAGAAAACUAUCUAAUUUACUCGUUUUUAAUUGUGCUUAUCAAUCUAUUAGCAAUUGAGAUUAUUUUGAAAAAACAUAAAUACAUUAAUACAAUAUAAACUUGAAGUAUUAGAUAUGAGUCAAAAUGUGAUGAAGUCACGAAAUCAUUUUACAUUUGAGAACUUUUAGUGACAAUAUGAGCUAAUAGAAGAGAAUAUUGAAAUCAAACCACUAUAUACAUAGGAUGUUUGGACAUGAAUAGGUUUACCAGAUCUAUCCCACUAGCAUUUACGCAUCAUUUAUUUUGGGUUGACAUGUUAAUUAGGCGGCAUGGUAGAUUGGUAGUAGUCCAUACUUCAUCGUUGAUGAGGAAUUUGAAUCCGUUACCAUCUCUUUAUUCACAUACACCCAGUAGCGUAUCCAGAAAACUUUGUGAGUGGGGCAAACUUGCCUUAAGUUUUAUCACGCGCACGUUACGGACUUACCACAUUAAGAAAAAUAUUGUACAGUCAAUUAUAAAUAACAAAAUAUUCACUGUGCAAAAACCUUUUGAAAUCAUACUUAAAAUUCAUAGUAAAGAAAUACUACCUCCGUCUCUUUUAUAUUGGGAUGGAAGAGGGUGACACGCGUUUUAAAGAAAGUGAGUUUGUGUGGUUGGUAUUAAUUGAUAAAGUAAAAAUAAAGUAAGAGUGAUUUUGUGGGGGCAAUUUAAGUGGGACUUCCCGAAAAGGUAAAACGGGACAAUAUAAAGGGGACGGAGGGAGUAUAACUUUGUUAGAAACAAAUUAUAAUCACAAAGCAUUUGUAAUUUGUUCAAAAUUAUGUUAAUAAAUACAUGAAUCAAAUAAAAAAAGGAUCAAAUAGGUACUUAAAAUUAAUUUAAGAUGCGAAUUCACGGUAUAUUUAAAAUCAAGUUAGGUUAUCAUUUACAAAACUUUACUGCAUACGUAGUAAUUGUUAAAUUUUAUGAAUCGUAUGUGAAACUAAAGUUUUGAUAAUAUAUAUAUGAUACGGGGUAUAUUUUAAAUCUUGUUCAGAAGACAAGAGUUAAUUUCUUAUUUUAAAUCUAUUUGAAAUUUGUUUCAGGCUUCAAAAAGGGGAAAAUAAAAAACAAAACUGACAAAAAUCCACUACGGUUCGAACCCUGCAACUCAAGUUAUUCAUCAAGACAAGGACCGCUACUUCCACUUGGCCAAGGCGACUUUUAAUAACAAUGCUGAUGUGGAUUAGUUUUGCCAACCUGGAUGCAUAGCUAGUCGUCGACAACGUACGCCUAAAUCACAGUUUAGGGCUAUUUUGUUUCAUUCAAAUGCUUCAAUUUCAUGGCCGACGACGAGGUACCCUGAGGGAUAGUGUUGCUCUGCUUUUAUCGUCUCCUUUGUUGAAGUUAUUUGUCUGUACUCUAUUGCAAGUAAGUAUUUAUCUACAAGUUUAAUCGACACAAACCUAUUAGUGAGUAUAAGAUACAGAGCAUAUAACGUGCUGGAUGGUCUGCGCUCCUGACUCGGAGAAAUAUUAUUAGCGCAGACCUCGUUCCAGAAACGGACUGAGUGAAGCAAGUUUAAUUUUUGUCAGUUCUGAACUCGAACUGGUCAAACCGGUUGUGAUUUCAGUUCCUCUAAACAACUGGAACUUUUUUGUCUUCAAGUUUCCUCCUCUACCUGGAACUGCGCAGUCUAGAAGCGGACCAAACCAGCUUUUGUUCCACCUGAAGUUUUGUUUACUCCUGUAUAUGUAGGCAUAUUAAAGUUGAAUUCAAAUAUGUUUUUGAUACUUGUUGUGAGUGUUGCCAUCACUGGUAUGUUGUUCACACUUAAAAAAAAUCCAUGUUUACACUAUAAACUAUGUAAAGUAAAUGUUCCAACAUUUUGACACUAUGAAAUGUUUGUAUUUGUAGAAUGUUUUUGGAAGCGCAGUUAAGAAUACACCAUGGAAGUAAUUUUGUUAAAGAGGUGGGGCUUUUGACCCGGACAUAUGGUAAGGUGCAUACAAUAACUCUCGACCCGGACAGAAUCUCUUAUCCUCACCUAUUGAAGUAUAUCAAAGAGCAUGCAUACAAGAAGGUGGAAUCAUUAUCCUUUAAGUUACCUGGGGAGAAGAUGGACCAAUUAAAGCCAUUAUGGGAUGAUGCAAGUACUAUUGAUCGAGCUUAUUGAGAUGGCCAUCAAUUGGGGAGCAGUUGAGAUUUUCGUGGAGCAUGGUAUAGAUGAGGCUGAAGUACUCUCUGAAUUGGCUUUGCCUUAUACAGAAAAUGAUGAGGUAGCACAACAGACAAAAAAGAGGGUUGAAGGUGAGAAUGGAAUCCUUUUAGGAGUUCCAUCAGAGACACCAACAACCUUAUCUAAAAAAAUACAAUGCAGUUGAUAAAGAUACACCACACUGUGAAGAAGAAGAAGUGCAUUUACAGUCAGGGGAUGAUCACACUUCUGAAGAGCAUGAUGAAGGAAAUGAUUUCAUUUCUGGAGACUACAAAGAAUAGGGAAGUGUUGCAAAGUGAAUGUGAAGACUGGCUGCACCAUAGACGUGCGUUUUGUGAACGGAUGAAACCCAUUUUGUUGUGUAAUGUGUACUGAACAUGGGUAUAAAUGCCCCUUUGAUCAUGUAAUGUAUGUUUUAAGUGAUGGUUGGUUAUUUUGUCGUGUACCGAUCAUGGGUUUAAUGACCCCUUUUGUCAUGUAAUGUAUGUUUUAAGUGAUACCUGUUUAACAUCUUGUAAUGUAAUGCAAUGCAUUUGUUGACAUUUAUGAGUUCAGCUUUUGAAGCUUGUAGUUGGAGUUUGUUUUUCCAUUUGAAAUUGUAGUUUGUCUUUC